AAACGCGAGGACCGCGAACGGUUCGACAACAACUCAGAGUCUGAGGAUCCCUACGCUACAAUCCGGCUUGACCACAUUCUCGCGCCGAUCUACCACCCAUCGGACGUGGUGCACCAUCCUGCAAUCUCCAAGACAUUCCACAGCCAGGUAACGCGCAACUUGGCACAGCAGACGAUUGAGAUCAUCGAGAAAGAGCAGGACACGGUUAUCCAGUUGAUGAAGUUGAUGAACGUGUUUUUGGGCGACGAUGCCGAUAGCAUUCUUGCGGAUAACAUUGACUUGCCGGACUACGACCAUAAUUUGACAUCAAACGUGACGAAAGAGCUUGAGGGGGAUGAGGUGGCGGCGAAGCCGGAGUUUGAGGAGCGCCGCAUCACCCGGCAGCAGCUUCUUGACGAGGAGGACCCAUUUUUUGCGUUGCCCAAGCUCAGUGCCGAUGUCAACUUCGGAAUUGAUGCGGAAUCCGCCGAGGAGACCCGCCAGUUGACCCAGAUCGCUCUCCAGCGGUCCGAGGAAUAUAUUCGGUGCAUGACGUCGUUGCGUAUGGGGUUGAUCCGGAGUGACCGGUUGAAGGACCAAUUGUUCAAGUGGUGCAAGGAAAUG